CUUCUAGAUAGAAUCAAUUGUUUUUCAGUUGCAGUUCACUGCUUUUUUCCCCUCAUAUUAGAGCCUGUGGUUUUAAGAUCGCGGAUUAAUCAUGUCAGCAAUUAGAAAAAAGUUCGUCAUCGUUGGUGACGGUUUAUGCGGGAAAACCUGUCUUUUGAUGACCUUCUCUGCCGGGAAAUUCCCUGAAGGUUAUAAACCUCGAACAGUUGAAAAUGACGUUUUUAACCUCAACGUUGAUGGCACGACAGUCGAGCUUGAGUUUUGCGACACUGUGGGAGAAGAUGAUUUCGACGUCGUUCGACCUCUGGCUUAUCCCAACACAGAUGUUAUCGUGAUGUGCUUUUCCAUUGAUCGACCAGAGAGUUUGGAGAGUAUCGCUAAAAAAUGGACACCUGAAUUGAGGCAGCACUGUCCUAAAGCACCGAUAAUUUUGGUUGGGAACAAGAAAGAUCUGAGACAUGACCAAAGGAUUGAAGAAAUGUUAUCGAAUUUAGACCAAUCUCCUGUAACAAGCGAACAGGGGCGCGAGAUGUGUGAACGAAUCAAGGGAAAUAUUUACCUAGAAUGUUCUUCUAAAGCUUUGGAAGGAGUUCGAGAUGUAUUUGAAACGGCUGCAAGAGCCGCUCUUUUGAAGAAUCGUGAUCGUAAGAGAUGUUGUAUAUUCUAAAAUCAUCAAGAAGCCUCAGAUUCUUUAACUUCUUUGAUCUCAUAAGUAAUUCUCCCUUCAAGCCACAAGACAUAUCUUAAAAGAUUAGUUAGGAGAGUUUGAAGUUAAAGAUGACUGGCACCCAGAAAUUUCCUUCCCAUGGCCGUGUCCCUGGUGU